CAUUCCUAAGCCACAGUGUACCAUCCGUGUUAUCAAAGAAACAUUCGUGCCAUAAACAUAGUCUAGAACUGUCCGCAGUAACCAUGAAGAUGAUCAUCGGAGUUUUAGUUCUCGUUGUUGCUGUGGCUUACGCGGCGCCACAGGGUCGCACAGCGGAAGCCGAUUCGGUGAUCGUGAACCAAUCGUCGGAUAUUCAACCGGAUGGAAGCUUUAACUAUGCCUACGAGACUAAUAACGGAAUCAAAGUUGAAGAUCAGGGCACCAUCAAGCAGAUUCGUGUCCCCAAGGCCGACGAAAACGGACGCUCGAUUGGCGAGGAAGUUGUUCAAGUUUCCGUACAGACUGGAUCGUUCCAGUUUACCGCUCCGGAUGGACAGAUCUACACGCUGAGGUACAUUGCUGACGAGAACGGUUUCCAACCACAGGCUGAUCAUCUUCCAGUGGCGCCAUCUGUCUAGUCACUUAAUUUACUCGCAUGAUGAAUGAAACCACGAAUGUGUCUCCACAAGUGUAGAUAUUUAUGUCUGUAAAUAAAUAUGUUUUUACAACAUCCCAAAACAAAUAA